AUGAUGGUAGAACUAUGUUCAGCCUUGUUGAACACACUUCAAGAUUGGAGCAUAGGAAGCAAAGUUUUUGCAAUUACAUUGGAUAAUGCACCCGUAAAUGACAACUUUGUGACAACUUUGCAAGAGAAUCUUGUUGCCAAGGGUCAAUUGCUUCGCAAAGGAAAAUUAUUUCAUUGUCGUUGUGCUGCUCAUGUCCUUAAUCUAAUUGUUCAAGAGGGUUUCAAGGAUAUUAGUGAUGCAACAAAGAACAUUAGAGAGAGUGUUAAGUAUGCGAAGAGUUCUCAAGCUCAGAAGCAACGGUCCAAGGCAAUGGUGGAGCAAGCUGACCGCAACCGUCGAGGCCCUGCAAUCCAGGCUCGACACAUUCAAGCAACGCUCCACCGAUUCUGCCUCAUCAGGCCCCGAGGGUCGCACACCGGCAAGCACCACCACGACCGGCCACCACAUUUCCAGAAGCUGGAUUUUCCCAAAUUCGAUGGCAAGUCCGAUCCCCUCGCAUUCAUCAACAGGUGCGAGUCCUACUUCCACCAACAGCGCAUCGUGGAGGAGGAAAAGCGGCACUUCACUGAGCUGCUCCAUACGCACAUUGGACCACCACUACGCUCCAAUCCGCUCGGCGAGUUGGUGGCGUGCCGCCGCACGGGCUCGGUCGUCGAGUACCAGGACCGAUUUGAGGCCCUGCUUCCCCGCGCCGGCGCCCUGACGAAGGUCCAGAAGCUGCAGCUCUUCACCGCCGGUCUGCAGCCGCCCCUCAGCCUGGACGUCGAGAUCCUCAACUCGCAAUCCCUCACCGUCGCCAUGAGCCUCGCCCGCAAGCUGGAGCUUCGUGCGCAAUGCGCGGGGACCCCCACGCCGCCAUCCCGCCACCAGGGCCAGAGGGGCCUCCUUCCGGCGCCCCCGCCGCGACUUCCCCUGCCUGUGCUCGCUCCGCUGGGGACUGUCCCACAGACCGGGGCGACUGCGGAAGGGCGCCAGGUCCGGCGUCUGUCCCAGGCAGAGAUGGAGGAGCGCCGCCGCCUGGGUCUCUACUUCAAUUGCAACGAGAAGUUCGGGCGCGGCCACAACAGAGUCUGCCAACGGAUCUUCCUCAUCGACUUGGUGCUCGACAACGAUGACGGGGAUGCCGAGCAGGCCGCCGACGAGCCGCGAAUCUCCAUGCACGCGAUCACCGGCAUCCAUACCAGCGAGACGAUGCAAGUGCGCAUUCAUCUUGGCGGUGCCUUCCUCCUCUCCCUCCUCGACUCAGGCUCCACCCACAACUUUGUUGCUGCGGAGGCGGCCGCCCGCACCUCGCUCCAACUCCGGCCUGGAGGUAAGCUACAGGUUACUGUGGCAAACGGUGACCAAGUACCAUGCCCGGGCACGUACCGCGGCGUGGCGUUCUCCAUCGGCGGUGAGACAUUUUCUGGGGACUUCUUCUCCUUGGCUCUUGCCGGCUACGAUGUGGUCCUGGGCAUGCAGUGGCUGGCGUCUCUGGGACCCAUCUUGUGGGACUUCCGCGCGCUUACGAUGUCCUUCUGGCGCGGCGAUCACCGGGUGUGCUGGCGCGGCCAAGCUCGGCCCUCCAGUCCGGCGCUUCGGGCAUGCACCGGCGACGACCUCCUUCCAGCCCUCCUCGACAUGUUCACCGCCGUCUUCGCUGAGCCGCAAGGUAUGCCACCGUCGUGUUCCCACGACCACGCCAUCACACUUCUCCCGGGUGCAGCCCCAGUGGCGGUCCGCCCCUACCGCUACCCCGCCGCGCACAAGGACGAGCUGGAACGUCAGUGCGCCGCCAUGCUGGGACAAGGCAACAUCCGCAGGAGCUGUUCGCGGUUCUGCUUCAACUACCGCACCCUGAACACCAUCACGGUCAAGGACGCGUACCCGAUCCCGGUGGUCGAUGAACUCCUCGACGAGCUUCAUGGCACCCGCUUCUUCUCCAAAUUGGAUCUCCGCUCCGGCUAUCACCAGGUUCGGAUGCGCACCGAGGACGUCGACAAGACUGCAUUCUGCACACACGACGGCCUCUACAAGUUCUUGGUCAUGCCGUUCGGGUUGUGCAACACUCCGGUGACGUUCCAAGCUCUCAUGAAUGACAUCCUGCGGCCGUUCCUCUGCCAGUUCGUGCUCGUUUUCUUCGAUGAUAUCCUCAUCUACAGCACCACAUGGACCGACCAUCUUCAUCAUGUACGUGCCAUCCUCAACAUUCUCCACCAGCACCACCUCUUCGUCAAGAAAUCCAAGUACGCGUUCAGCACCGACUCCAUCUUCUACCUCAGCCACAUCAUCUCCGCCUCCGGCGUCGCCAUGGAUUCGGCCAAGGUGCAAGCCGUCGCCGACUGGCCAGUGCCCCGUUCGGCACAGGUGGUGUGUGGUUUCCUCAGCCUUGCAGGCUACUACCGCAAGUUCAUCAAGGAAUUUGGCUCCAUCACCACGCCCCUCACCGCCCUCCUUCGCAAGGAAGGAUUUUCCUGGUCCACCGAGGCUGAGGCGGCGUUCACGGCACUCAAGACGGCCGUCACUACAGUGCCCAUCCUCGCACUGCCUAACUUCGACCAGCCCUUCGUUGUUGAAUGCGACGCCUCCACGCAUGGCUUUGGCGCUGUUCUCCUCGAAGGGCAACACCCGGUGGCGUUCUUCAGUCAGCCCAUCGCUCCAUGCUACCGGUCUCUGGCAGCUUAUGAGCGCGAGCUCAUCGGCCUCGUUCUAGCUGUUCGCCACCAAAGGCUGUAUUUAUGGGGCCGCCAUUUUCUGGUAUGCACAGAUCACUUCAGUCUCAAGUUUUUGCUUGACCAGCACCUCGUGACUAUCCCGCAGCAUCACUGGGUGGGCAAGCUGCUCGGCUUCGACUUCUCGGUCGAGUACAAGGCAGGUCGCACCAACACGGUGGCUGACGCUCUCUCCCGAUGCGACACAGACGAACCGACGUUACUCGCCAUCUCUGGCCCCGACUUCGACUUCGUCGCCGGCCUCCGCUAG